AGGAGUGAGGUCCUUUUUUUUUUGUUUUCCCGUAUCCGCCAUUUCAGUUUUUUUGAAGUUAGUUGUCAUCGGUCCGCUGGAUCGUAGCUGGAAUUCUGUGGCUAAAAAUAAUAAUAAAUUAGAGCUAAAUUCCCACCAUUAACCACAUAAGCGUGCUCUUUUUUAUUUCCGGGUUGCGGCUCUUGUGUCCGUUGGUUUUGAUGUCCCAAACGGCUACAGCUGCGGGUGGUGUUGCCUGGUUACUAAACGUGCUCUUAAGGCGCUAAAGUUUUUUUUGUAUGUAGUUGAAGGCCCGCCGGUCGAAAGCCUCGGCUUCAAGAGGGGCUUUUUAGAAAAAUACAUAAAAUCAUGGCCGGGAUUUUCAACGCGGAGGACCGCGGCAGCUGGUACUGGGGUCGGCUGAGCAGACAGGAGGCUGUGUCUCUGCUACAGGGUCAGAGGCACGGAGUGUUUCUGGUCCGGGACUCCAUCACCAGCCCCGGGGACUACGUGCUGUCGGUGUCGGAGAACUCCAAAGUCUCGCAUUACAUCAUCAACAGCAUCAGCAACAACCGACAAUCCGGUCCAGGUUUGGCCCAACCGAGGUUCCGUAUCGGCGACCAGGAGUUCGAGGCCCUCCCUGCUCUGCUAGAGUUCUAUAAGAUCCACUACCUGGACACCACCACUCUAAUAGAACCCAUCAACAAGUCCAAACACACCUCCUUCAUCAGGGUGGGCCCCGGCGGACCCCCGCCCGGCCUGGAGGACGAGUUCGUCCGGGCGCUUUUCGACUUCCCCGGUAACGAUGAGGAGGACCUCCCGUUCAGGAAGGGCGACGUCCUCCGGGUGCUGGAGAAGCCGGAGGAGCAGUGGUGGAAUGCCCAGAACUCUGAGGGCCGGGCCGGGAUGAUCCCGGUGCCGUACGUGGAGAAGUACCGGCCGGCGUCUCCGAGUUCGGCGGCGGCGGCGGCGGGGGGGCCCAGUGUACCGGGGGGGCCACCGGGAGGAGUGGGGACGAUUGGGAACUCCGACGGUUCCACCGCGGUGGCUCAGUCCGGAGCUCCGCUGCUGGGAGACCCGAGCCAGUACGCCCAGCCCACCCCUCUACCAAACCUCCAGAACGGACCCGUCUAUGCCAGGGCCAUUCAGAAGAGGGUCCCCAACGCCUACGACAAGACCGCCCUCGCCUUAGAGGUGGGCGACAGGGUGAUGGUGACUAAGAUCAACGUGAACGGUCAGUGGGAGGGUGAAUGUAAAGGGAAGCGAGGCCACUUCCCCUUCACGCACGUCAAACUGGUGGACCAGCACAACGCCGAGGACGAGCUCAGCUGAGGGCGGACGGGUCAGGCCGCUACCUGGACACUAGUAUUAUUAUUACACCCUUCCUUCCUCACUCCUAACCUACCUCCCUAUUCCCUCCCAUUCCACCCCCCCUCCCGACCCUCACGUCUUCUCUGGGUUUUACAGUUUCAGAGAACCACUCGAGGACAAAACAAGCGUUGGACCGUUGUAACGCUCACAUCCUCUGAAUAAUCAUGGCCGCCCUUCUUCACCACUUUCUCCGUCUGAUAUUCUCUACACGAUCUGAAGCUCCGGUUUCGUUGUCGUGCUUUUUCAUUUUCUUACCAAGCGUCGGAUGAGAACAGUGAUAUAUUCCUCUGGGGGUCUGUGCAGUAGAUGUGAAGCUACCGCCAGCAGCCGAUUAGCGUAGCUUAGCAUUAAACAGGGGGGGGGGGAGAACUAGCUAGCCUAGCUCUGGGCUAACGAGACAGAACCCCCACCAACCAGCACCUCUAAAGCUCACUAAUUUAAAAUGUUCUAUCUUGUUUGUUUACUUCCUCGUAGAAAAGAUUAAAGAUGGAGAUUCAGAGACUCAAAUAAUAACUAGCAUUUGGACAGAGCCAAGCUAGCUCCCCCUCUUACUACUUCCAGGCUUUAUGCUAAGCUAAUAUAUUUAUUAUAGAAAGACGGCAUCUAAGUCGACCAGACUAUUCUUUUAAUCCUGAGCUGAGUCUGAGGAUUUUUUGAGCACUAACUUGAAAAUGUCAGCAUUCUUUUGUCUUCUCGGUGUUGAUGUCUUUGUUCAGUGAAUUAAAGACAUUAAUAAUAACACUAAUAUUUAACUCUAAAAUGUAGCUUUCCAAAGGAUUUGUACGAGUGAACAACGCCGAACAUUUACAAUGUUCUCUGGCUGUGUUUACCGCCUCAAAGCCAGGGUUAGUAAUCUAAAGAAAACUAGGAAGAGAACGCUAGAUUUUAAGAAUUAUCUAAUAAAUAAAAAAGCCAGCCCCGUGUUCACAACUCUAUUACAAUGGACGUAGCGGCUCAAUCUCCAAAAGUUGCUAAAUCUAGUAAGAAAGUCGUCAACACUCCCGAAAUCAUCAUAAUUAUAUUUUUUUAAUUAAAUUCUGGCCAAAUAAUAAAAUGUUUGAACGAGGUUAUUACAGUCCUGAGAGAACUACAGAUACCAGGUUUUUAGUUUAGUUCAUCAGAGUAUUCAAUUCAUUGAUCGCUGUACCAACCCCGGCUUUAAAGGUAUGUUUUUACCUUUACUAUUGUUCUCGUUGGACAUGAAUGCAGCGUUAGUUUUAAGUUCAACCCAAGAAGACGAGAGAGUUCCUUUGUGUCCCAGAGAGAGAUGAACAUCCUCUUGAAGGAGCAGAAACCAAAUAUGAAACGGAGGAAACCGUCAAAGUGAAGUGGAGAUCAGCAGCUCGGAGGAUUCUAACCCGAGAGAACGUUCUGUUGAUGUGGAGAUAAAAGACGACACUAAACUCUCCUCACCUCCCACCUACAGACGAAGUCGUCUUUUGUAAGAAAGAAGAACAAUGAGGAACAUAUUGUUAUGAAAUGAUGUACGACGUGAUUAUCAUUACAUGCUAAAACGUUCUCUUUUUGUUAUCUUCUGUUGCUGAUUUUGUCCGGUUUUCGAUGUACACUUUUUACUGAUGCAUGAUGGGAAGGGAGCGAUGAUGCUCUCACUUCACCACAUGUGUGUUCUCAUUGUGUCUGUCGGCCACGUUUGUCCGUCUCCAGCUCACUGAAUCUACCUUUGAGAAGAACAGGUGUGACAUCAUGUUCUCUUCAUCCUCUGCCUCUCUUUUAUUAGCACACCUGGACUUUUUAUUAUUUUGAUUUACCUUUUCUGCUGUGUCUUUAUUUGCCAAGUAGAACAAAGCAACAUACGUUUGUUUUCUGUUGAAUCUGUUGACAAUCAUCACGUUGUUUCCAGCGCACCUUCUGUCCUCUAGGUGUCACUAUAACCACAUUCAGAUAGAUGAGGACAUUCUAACGGUUCUGAGGAGAUUAAAUUCGAAUUUUUUUAACAGAAUGCUUUUACCACCACUCUCGAGCUUUUAUUAUAUUUUAAAGGGUUUUUAUUUAUCCUUGAUUUAGCUCCCACACGUUGAUCUUUCAGCUUUUUAUGUUUUCAAGUUGGCCACUUUCCAAAUAAUAAUAUUGAGUAUUUAAUAAUGUGGGCGAUAUGGAGAAAAUACACGAUCACUAAAUAUAUAUUUUGUUAUUAUAAUGUUGAUAUUAUGGUGACAUUGUAGAGUUGAGCGUCGGUGCUUCCACAACAUUUUCACACUAAGAUGUUUAAUAUUCAUCACUACUGUGGAUGUAAAGGGAAAUAAUACAACAGUCUUUAUUUUACUGUAACGUAGCCUUUAAACCAGGAAAAGAGCCUAAAAUCCCAGACGACAUGUCGUCUCAUAUUAUUAAUACUUCAAUGUAUCUCCAGUCCUAACGUGGUCGACUUCAGACCAGCUUCUCUCUCACUCACACUUCACACAGCGACAUGGAAUCAUUACCUUUUAAACAUUACAAUGAAACCACCAAGUAUUUUAUUUUAUCUUCAGUCGCCCUGCAUGAAGUCAUUCAUUCAUUCCCUCUCAUGAGAACGAAGGCGUGGCAGAAAGAUGACGGUGGAAAUUGUGUUAAUAUCAAAAAUGCCAUUUUAUUAUAACACUAUAUUCUUUCAAGACAAUUGAAAUUACCUUUUUAUUUUCUGUAGCAUGUAAUGUGUUAAUAUACUAGUAAAUAAAGUCAGACCCAUGACAAA